GAUUCGUUAAUUUCAUUUAUCGGAUUUAAACUCAUGAUUUUUUUAAUAAAAGAAAAGUUCCAUACCAUACCAUGACGCCAUUUAUAUUGAUUUGUUUGGUCGACAUUGUGCAUGCAUAUUCAUUUAACUUUAAAAAAUGCCAGAUACCAGGUAUCUAAUCCCAAAAUUGAUUCUUUCACUUAAUGUGACGCGGUAAUCGUUAAAAGAAAAAAAAAAAUUUUUUUUUCAAGCAAUUUAUUAAUAUGAUUUUGGGAAGAAUUUGUGCUUGGAUCAUUUCGACUAUUAAUUGGCUGUUUAGGCCAAACAGUCGCCGCUUACUAAGAAAUGUACCGGAAGCUAAGGAAGUGUCUUCGUCUAGAGUAACAAUGACAGAAAUAGUUUUGCCCUCACACGCUGAUACUCGCGGUUUUGUUUUUGGUGGGGUUGUUUUAGAAUGGAUAGAUCUUGCGGCAGGAACAUCCGCAAAAAAACAUGCCGUCUAUCCAUGUGUUUCGAGGAGUGUUGACGCUGUUCAUUUUAUGCAUCCUAUUAGAGUUGGCGAUUUUCUUAUAAUACAGGCUAGUGUAAAUAGAGCUUGGAAUACUUCGAUGGAGGUUGGUGUACGUGUUGAAACCGAAAAUGCUAUUACAGGAAAGCGAAGAUAUUGCUGUCAUGCAUAUUUGACGUUUGUUGCUCUAAGCCCGGGUAAUGACAAACGUGCUGGAAGUCCAAGAUAUAAUACUACCACCGCAAAAGUACCCCGUAUUAUUUCAGUAACACCGAUUGAGCAGCAACGUUAUGACAAUGCCGAAACCAGAAGGCAGGCUCGUGUAACUAAAUUAAAACAUACAGAUGAUAAAGGCCACCGUGAACAACAUAAACUAGAAGCAUUAAGAGAACUUAUGCGCGAAUGGUCAGAGCAUCGCAAUACAGAAACAAAGAGUACUGCAGAGUUACCGCCCCUUUUACAAGAACCUGAAACGUAUAAUGAACAAAAUGAAGAAGGUGGUACUGACGCUAAUGAUCCUGCAAAAUUAUAUUUAACUCGACGGAGGUCCACAUUAAAAGGUGUUUUUCCUGCGCAGCCUGAAUCCAAAUAUAUUUCUGAAAGUUUUGCAGAAAUUGUAGAAACGGUUUUACCUCAACAUGCAAAUACAUUACAGAUUACUUUUGGCGGUCAAAUUAUGAAAUGGAUGGAACAUUGUUGUUUUGUUAGUGCAUCAAGACACUCAAGACGGUUCCUAUUAUUGGCAAGUAUAGAUUCUCUUCAGUUUUUUAGACCUACAUAUGUUGGAGAUUGCAUAACCAUUCGAUCAAUUAUUUCUCGUUCAUUUCAUUCAAGUAUGGAGGCAUAUGUAUCCGUGGAAGCUGUAAACUUAAUGACGGGAGAAAGAUUCUUUACCAAUGAUGGUUUUUAUACCAUGGUUGCUGUUGAUUUUGCCAAUGCCCCAACACCUGUUUCAAAUCUCAUUCCAGACCGGGAAGAAGAACAUGAAAUAUAUAAAGGUGCUGAAGUCAGGAGAACUCUAAGGCUUCAACAACGAAGAGAAUUAGUUCAAAAAGAAAUGGCUACUCAUCCUGAAGAAUUUGAAAAGACUCAAGACACUAACUUUGAUAGUAUUUCUGAGCAAAAAAACUAUAAUAUAGUAUCAACUUCCUAGUAGUUCAUAUUGUUCCUGUUAAUAUAUAAAACUAUUUUCUUGUUAUUCUGUAAAUUUUUUUUUGUAAUCAAAUAUAUCACUUUUAAAUAUAAAUUUUUACUAAUUUA